GUCCGGCAGCGGCGGAUGACCAAAACGUAUGGCACCACGUGACAUGCAGGCACGGUGGUAGAAUGUUUUGAUGUUUAGCGCGCGCGAAGUAAAAGUCCCCAGCAGAAGCAGAGCAGAAGUAAAUACAAAAUGGAAAUCUCAGGUGGAAGCAUGUCAUCACCAAUAGAAGAACACAACGCUAUAAAGGAAUGGUUAGUCACCAUACUUGGUGAGGAUGUGCCAGUGUACGAGAACGACGAUACGUCAAUCCGUGUACUAACCAAGUUGAUGGAAAUAAGCAAAAGGCGGAACCUCGAUGCUCAGCUGGAAAUUUUGCGUUAUAAAGAAGACACAAAUCUGGCCAACCAAGAUGCGCACAUACUCUCUGACCUCCUGUGUUCUGCGGGUAUCAAGCCUUCAUAUCUUGCAAGAAGCUUGCGUUGCCAUCUUCAAGCACUACGGAGCGUCGCAUGCUUGGGAAGCAGCGAUGAUGUCUCUCUUGAAAGCAACCUCUUGACUGUGGCAGAAUUGCAGCAGCAAAUGUCUGAGAUUCGUGACCUUGUGGAUACUAAAAAGAAAGAAGUAAACGAGUUGAAAGAAACUCUAGAGGCACGUGAAAAGAAGUUACGAGCUGCAGCAGAGGCUGCACCUUCUGAGUACAAGAAAUUUAAGACCAAGCAGCAACAUCACAUGAAAGACAUACACUUUUAUCGAGCCAAGCAACAGGAAUAUGAGAAGAAACGUAAUCGACUGCCUAGACGAGAAGUUGAUGAAACCUUUAUCCACGAAGAAAUAGUUGCCUAUCAUCGUAACUUAGAAUAUCUUCAGGAGCAACAGAAAGCACUCCAAGAACAAUUGAAGCCAUAUCAUGGUCUACAACCAGAUGAAGCAACCAUAUUACAUAUGCUCAACCAGAAGAAGAUGGAACGGGACACCUUAGAGAAGGACUUGCAACGGAAAAUUUCUCAGGACUUUGUGCAAACUAAACAGUGAGAAAUGUUACUGUACAUGCACUCAAUCAAAGGCCUUCACAAAUCUCAGCAGUGGUUGAUAACAAAAUCUGUAGCAGAACUGCAUGUCAGAAGCAGCUUUGACCAAGAGAGGAGUUGUUGCCAGACCUCAUUGUGAUCAAUGACAUUUGUGCGGUGUUGGAGAAGUUUAUCUAUCAGAUAGUGCAGCCACAGGACAUUGCUGUAAGGGUUGUAGCUUUCCCAGUUGUUCCUGUAAAAGUGCACAGUGAGAUGUUUGUAAUGUACUGUAGCUAAUUAAAUCUGUUAUUCAUAGGGAGUGACUUUUUCGGGUUAAACCUAAUUCCACCCGGUUAUUCCCCCCUGAACUGACCUCCAACCAAUUUGGGUUAGACCCAAUUUCGCCCCGAAUUCCAGUCACUAUGAAAUCCUCAAGUGACGUUUCCACUGAAGACUAAUAAAGGUCGCCACAUGUAACACAUGUAAGAAUGGGUCACUUACGUUCCCAGCAAUACACCCAUGUGUCUCAACACUGUCUAUACCUUCGGGGAUUACCGCUGGAAGGUCACAAUCCCUCAAAAAAAAGAACAAAAAAAAGCAGAAAAGAGAGAUUAGGAAAAGACUUAAUAGACAAGAGGAGAAACAAAAACACCUGAUAACACCGAAGGCAGAAUUAUCGCCCGAUUUCUCCCCGAAUCUAAAAGGCAUUUAACCCGAAAAAGCCACUCCCUAGUUAUUCAUCACAACAAGCUUUACACAUUGGCAAGCAUGUCGAUACAACUGAGUUCAUCCUAGCAUUUCUAGGAAAAGUGGAGAUUAAAUGGUUACAGCUCGAAAGCAGAAUAGUUGUCUCAACAGGACAAUGCCCCUUCUUUUAAAUAUUUGCCUGUGUUUUUAUGGCAUUGGUGACUCUGCAAUAAAGGAAGGAGUGAUGUAAAUAGAGAGCUUGGAACCGUAUCUGCGGAAGCCAAGCAGUAGAGAUGACUUUGGGUCACGUUCUGCUGGAAAUGGUUGGAGCGUGAACUAGAGGGGACACUGCUGUCUAAAAUCAGCACUCCGUGGUUUUCUCAUCUCAAGCCUCCAGGUGUUACAAGACUAUUUCUUUCGAGUACUGUAAUAAACACUUGCAGCA